UACAUGCGCACGUCGCUUUAAGUUUGGCGCGAAAGCCCACGGGCCCAGCUGGCGCCAGCAGCGCGCUGGAAAACAGAAAGCCAAAAACCGGUCAUGAGAGGCUAGUUAACGACUGUGCAGCACACUCGUGGGUCCUGUUUUUUGACGGAAUACUGCGAUAUUACGCGGACGCCGCGCACGUUAACACGACGGCCAGCCGGUAUUUCGAAAGAUGGGAGCGUACCUGUCGGAACCGAUUACGAAGAAGGAGUCGAGCGACGAAGUGGGAAAGAAUGUUGCGUACGGCGCGAGUUCCAUGCAGGGCUGGCGAGUCAGUCAGGAGGAUGCGCACAACUGUUGCAUAGAUUUUGAUGAGAGUGUUUCACUGUUUGCUGUAUACGAUGGUCACGGAGGACAUGAGGUGGCAACAUAUUGCGCACGUAAUCUCCCUGACUUUAUCAAACAGACAGAAGCUUACAAGAGAGGUGACAUCAGACAAGCUUUAAUAGAUGCUUUUCUGGGUUUUGAUGCCACUCUCACGAAGCCAGAGGUCGUCAAUAUUCUCAAAGAGCUAGCAGGAACGUCCAUCUCGGAGAAGAAAGAGGCUAACUUAAAUGAAUCUGAUGAAGAAGAGAAUGUUAGUAAUCUAUGUAUGGAGGCGACAAUGCCGUUGGAACAAGUAAUGGCAAAGUAUCAGUCAGAGGUGUCAAAUCCUCUUAUAAAGAACCUGAAAGGUGAAAAAUGCGGUAAACGUGCGUUUGCGAGCCCUUAUCUGCGUGGACGCAGAGGACGAGAGAAAGCCAGUUGCUCGUCAUCCGGUGCUGGAUGUUCGACGUCGCCGUCACCACCACCACCGCCACUGUCAUCGUCAUCCUCAUCAUCAUCAUCGUCCUCAUCUGGCUGGAAUACAAAUGAAACAGACGUCAGUAGUUCCAGUCAACCGUGUGGUUCGACUCUGUGCAGCACGGUGGAGCACAAGGAGUCUGAUUGUCCAGGAAGCAAUGAAGCCGAGCAAGUACUGGAUUCGACAACGAGCAACGGCAAUACUCACGUGUCUCCACCAGUGGGAUCUACUGCGGAUGCGGAACCUGCUAAGUCCAUGGAUAUGCCAGACAGUUCAGAAGACGUGAAAGAAAAAAUCUCAAGUCCCAGCAAGGUGCCGCCUUGCGAGGAAUCGAAUGCGAACGAGGUAGAAGUUAAUGGCGCGGAAUCGAAGAGAAUCGGCGAUGCGGACAGUAGUAAGAGUGGAGGAGACAACGUGUCGAGCAGUUCCUGCAUUCCCGUGGAAAACGGAGAUGCGGGUCAGCAAGAACGGAUAACUAGCAGUGGCCGGAGAAGAAUUCAGCCUGUGGAUCUUUACCAAAGUUUAUUGAAAAAGGAGAGUGACGAUUCUGAAGAAGAUGACGACGACGAUGAAAAUGAUGAAACGUUUGAUGGCGUUCCUGAAAGUGACGAGGACGAUACUGAAGACAUUGACGAUGAUGAAAGCGAUGAAGAUGAAGACGACGAGAUCGAAGGAGAAGAUGUGGAUGAUGAGUCUGAUGAUGAAGCCGAUGACGAUCUCAUGGUGAACACAGAAAAACCUGGUUCUGAUAGCGGAUGCACGGCAGUCGUAGCGGUACUCAAAGGAAACGAAUUAUAUGUGGCCAAUGCUGGGGAUUCUCGGUGUGUCUUAUGCAGAGACGGUCAGGCAGUCGAACUUAGUCUGGAUCACAAACCGGAAGACGCACCAGAGAUGGAACGUAUAGUAAAAGCGGGCGGAGAGGUGACGAGCGACGGUAGAGUGAACGGCGGCCUUAAUCUCUCUAGAGCGCUUGGCGAUCACGCAUACAAGCAAAACAUGGUAUUGCCACCACAAGAACAAAUGAUCUCGGCCUUGCCAGACAUAAGGCAUGUUACACUCGAACCCGAGAGAGACGAAUUUAUGGUACUAGCGUGCGACGGCAUAUGGAAUUUUAUGACCAGUCAAAACGUCGUCCAAUUUGUACGCACUCGCUUGUCACAAAAUUACGAGAAUCUUUCGAAAAUCUGUGAAGAGUUGUUUGACCAUUGCCUCGCGCCUGAUACUCUCGGCGAUGGAACGGGCUGCGACAAUAUGACUGCUGUAAUAGUUAAGUUCAAAUCGCCGGCAACCGCAACUGUUAAAAAUGACACUGUCGCCGAGGUAUGCGUUUCGAAGAAGCGGUCGCCGUCGCCAGCAGCUGAGGAAAAUAACGAUUGCAUCGCAGGAGAAAACACGGUAAAUCCUUGCAAACGCGCCAAGACCGAGGCAGCUAUGUGAAUUAAAUGUCACCCACGCGUCAUGAACUGAUCUCCGCAAGCGGACGAAUGAAUGUGAGUUUAUGUAAAAUUUAUGCAACAAUUUUUAUAUUAUUGCAUAAAACUGGAUCAGUGUCUGUGCAACAGGCACGUGGAAUAGUGUGUAAGGUGUGUUAAUGUGUUGGUCGCUAUUGACAGACUGCUCGAUUGGAGCAUGUGGGAAUGAUACAGUGAUGUUUUCUCAAACGACGCAUAAAUCAUUUUUUAAUCACGGCGUUAAAAGUAUGCAUAUAGAAUGUCGAUUUCUCUUAAGAUCGCAUUUUAAACAUUGAGAAGUGGUUCAAUAUACGGGCUAAUAAUUUUGUCAUAUUUUGUCAUGUAUAAAAUACUGAUAAUAUAAAUUAUAACUCUCGAAUUCACGAAUGAAUAAGCUCGUCCAUUUCUUAGCAAGCAUUUACCGAUAUAAAAGUACUAUAGAUAAUACAUAUGCUUAAUAUAAACGUACAAUCUUUUUCUUAAAAUCUCGUAGGACUUGACAUUAUUAUUAACUGUAGUUGCUUUCAAUAUAAUUUAAUGCAUAACACUUUUGUUUAUUAAUUGAAAUUAAUUUUCUUCAAAUGACGCAAUGGUACUGAUUAGAAUUAACCCAAACAAUAAAUAAAUAAAUAAAUUUUAUUUUAAUUUUAUUUUUAGAUAGUUAUCCUAUAUAACUCUGCUACUGUCUUUUCUCUCUCUUCUUUUCCUCUUCAUGAAAUAUGUAACGUUUACAAGAUGCAUCACUUUCCAAAUUCAAUAAAUAAGAACAAAUACAAAUACAAAUUUUAUUUGAAUUUAAUUAUUAAUGAUGUAUAUUUAUAUGAUUUUGCUGCCAUUGUGUCAUUUAUGUGUCAAGUUAUAAUAACCUUUCUAAUUUUCUUGAUUCUAAUAUCUAUCUCUGAAUUAAUAUAUUUUUUUUAUAAUUAAACUCUCCUAUCCUAUAUAUCAUCCCAUUUGCUCCAGCUGCACUUAUGACGUAUAUAUUCCUUGAGUUUUUAGAUUACACAUAUAGUAUAUAAAUGUAUAUAUUUAUAAAUGUAGACUAUAAGAUUUAUAUUUGUAAGUCAAUACACACACAUUAUCUCUUAUUUUUACGAAAUAGAAUUUAUUUUUGAAUCCCUGGGUAUAGUGGUUGAAUGGAUGGGUGUGCGAAUAGCCUUAAAGUGUUUAAACUGUAUUAUGUAAUUAAGGCAAUUGCGAUAACGCGUUACCAACUUGUGAUCUUGUAUUAAUAAUUACAGAAAUACGAAAAAAGACACAUACUUGCAUUAGACAACGUCAAGCUACGUGAAUUUUAGAAUAAUCUGAAUUUGGAAAUAUGUCAAAAAGAUACUUUUUUUUUGUAAAUUUAUACAAUCUUAUAUAGAUGCAUUUCAGCUUGGAAAGAGUAGCAAAAGUGUUUAUAUUGCGGAAAAAGAAUUUUAAAACCGUAAAUAAAAAUGCAAAUUCUGCAAAUUUUGACAAAUACAGUUGCGAUGUUUUGGUGAAUUCAAAAUACUAUAUUAUUACUUAUAGUACUUCGAUAGUAUAGAGUACUCAUGGUAUCGUGCUAACUGCAAAAUUUUUUUUUGAUAUUUUUUUCAAGAAACAUGAUAUCUUUGUGGUAUAUUAUAAGCGCAAGAUACUUGCAGUAUUCUGACAGAUACAACAUAGAGGCACAUUAUGUCUGGCAGAAAAUUUAUUUUUUGUGUAAUUACUAAAAGAAUGAAAUGAAUUGAAAUUCAACUUUUUUAUGGUAAUUACAUGAAACCGUAUUUGAUGUUAGAUGUGACUGUCUAUGUAUACAUCAUGCAUCCUCCAUCUAAUAUCUGAUAUGAACACGAGUAAAUUAAGAAAGCACACGUUAAGCACCGAGAAAUAUCUCUGUGAAACUUUGGUCUAAGAAAGAAGAAUAAUUGUAAUUAAAUUUAUAAAGGAAUUAAUGUUAUUACCUGAGACGCGCGCGCUAAACGCAGCACUCGUCGCAUGCUUAAAAAAAAAAACAAGAUUUUUCGAAGUUUGCGUAACAUACAUUAACCAUAAAUAGGCAAUACUUUGAAUAAAUAAAGACUUACCGUCACGUCGUCGGUCUUUUUUACAGUUAAGACUCUUUCAUGUUGUAUGAAGGUUCUCAAUUCGGACGUGAUGCGGAAGCUGCGGAACCUUUGUGUUUGCAUUGUAGAGAUUCAUAUAAAGCUAUGUUAAAAGUCUAUGAAAUGAAUGUAGAGGAUAGAAAUGUGAGAACAGUGAAUUGACCCAGUGACAUGUUUGCAACAUUUGUGACAUUUUCCGCCAGUAUACAUAUAUUCAUUCUGUCAAUGCUCAUGUGUAAUUAGGCGGUUGUUAGUGUAGACAGUAAUUUACAAUCGAGAAAAAAAAAAAAAAAAAAAAAAAAAAUUAUUUAUAAUUAAAUACAGAAGCAAUCAUGAUACUUAUGUAAACACCGUUUGUAAGGUGAUCAGUAGUGUAUCGAUACUAGAAGAGAGCAUCUAGUGUCAUUCAGAAAGAACUGAUGUGCCUUUCCAAUUCAGGGGUUGACAACCUCCACAACAUGUGUAUGUACAUUCGAUUCCGUCUCAAGAAGAAAGGUUUGCGCCCCAAAUACUGUCUUUAGCUGCAAACUCCGUCAUACACUUAUGUAUAAUAUCUUGUUUCAUAAUACAUGUCGCUCGAAUCAA